ACUGCUCUUGCCUACCAACACAUCUCCUCACAACAAUCACCUCAUAACAAUAAAGGAAAGAGAACUAUAAUCGCAUGACCCGUACUAGAGCAAAUACACGUAAUACUGCUCAGGCUACGUCCAGUCAUCCCGUAACGCCACAGCGCCGGGCGAGGCUACAGCGAGCCACUGCUACACCUAUCACCACUGACCAAAGUGAAGGACGCAGACGUUCGCCAAGGAAUCACCAGCGGGCAGGUCCUUCGCAGAGUCCUGCAGAUGCCUCCGUAGCAGAGCCCAGAUCUCCUCGACGUAUCGUUAACGUUCCUCGCAUCAAAUACAACCAUCUUGAACACGAGGAAGAGCUAGAGAAUAUUUCGCCUUUGAAAAAGACCCCACGUCGUCAGCAGGCGAGAGAGCCAGUCGUUGUCGAGACGAAACAGCCAGAGAAUUAUCCAUCCAUGUCCACACAGUCCAGCCAGCUCUUGAACAAGUUGAUGGAGGCAGGAAUGAUGACAGAUGAUAUAGACGGUGAGGAUUGGAAGUGGCAAAGACUUCUCCGAUGGAGAAGUAGCGUUAGCACAGAGGGUCAGGGUGCAGAAAACAUCCACUCUUGGCCACAGCAACGACCUGAUCCUCCAGAAAACGAAGUCGCCAUGCAGUUGGACAGUUCCUCUGCGACGAGUUAUGGUAACCAAGUCGCUGAGAAUAACUCCUUUGACACAAACUUCCGUGUCGUGAACCAUUCCGACCUGCAACAAGUCACGGACGAGUUUGCCAGGCAAGGUCUCAAGUAUCGAGUCUUUUAUCCACGUCGAAAAUCUUCGUCAGUGGCCAGAAAUGUCUGGCUGGCGGUCGGAGCGAAUGAGAGCAUCGUCGAGACCGUAGCAAGGAGGAUCAUGUCGGGCAAUGCUUCGGUGCGACACGCCUGAAUCACCGGACUAUAGUCCGGCUCAUCAUCGAAUCGGAUUUCUUGUUGUUCUAUUCGCCACCUGCAAAGGAUAUACAUACAUUAGCCACUACCCAGCUGCAGGCCUACCCUGAACGGUAAACUGAUGCCGCUUUUCGCUCCUCCCAGUCCGGGGAGUCGACCACAGUGUAGUAUAGGUAUUUAAGCCCAAUCAUCAUGAUUCUCAGGUACAUUACUAGAAUAGCAAAGGUCAGAAGAUGAGAUGAGAACAACUGUUUGUUCUGUUGCUAGAAUGGUGGUGCCAGUGGCCGGUCAAGUUAGGGCUGUACAUAGCGCUUGUAGCAACCAGCUAUGUAAAGGCUCGUGAAAUGAAACGGUCUCCCAGUACACCCUUUAGUCCUAACC